GCGGAAACGCCCGCAGCCCGGUACUGGCCCCAUCUGGGCUCGGUCCAGCGCCUUCCCCCUGGCCCGACACUCCGCCGGUCAGCGUCAGGUGACUUAUGCCCCCGACCCUGAGCCCGGACCGCUAGGCGAAGAGGAUCCGAUCUCCGAUCUCCGAUCUCCGCUGGAGAAUCCGAAGGUGCCCCGAUCCUGGAGGAGUUCCGUCCCGGCCCACGGUCUCCCGGUACUGUCGGGCCCCGGUCCUCGGGAGCUUCAGGAGGCGGCCGUCAGGGUCGGGGAGUAUUUGGGUCUGGGGUCUCAGGGAAGGGCGGCGCCUGGGUCUGUGGUCUCGGAACAAGCCUGCUGGAGCGAAGUAGUCCUCCCUCUCUUGGGACAGACCCCUCGGUCCCAUGUCCAUGGGGGCACCGCGGUCCCUCCUCCUGGCCCUGGCUGCUGGCCUGGCCGUUGCCCGUCCGCCCAACAUCGUGCUGAUCUUUGCUGACGACCUCGGCUAUGGGGACCUGGGCUGCUAUGGGCACCCCAGCUCUACCACCCCCAACCUGGACCGGCUGGCAGCAGGAGGGCUGCGGUUCACAGACUUCUACGUGCCUGUGUCUCUGUGCACACCCUCUAGGGCCGCCCUCCUGACCGGCCGGCUCCCGGUUCGGAUGGGCAUGUACCCUGGCGUCCUGGUGCCCAGCUCCCGGGGGGGCCUGCCCCUGGAGGAGGUGACCGUGGCCGAAGUCCUGGCUGCCCGAGGCUACCUCACAGGAAUGGCCGGCAAGUGGCACCUGGGGGUGGGGCCUGAGGGGGCCUUCCUGCCCCCCCAUCAGGGCUUCCAUCGAUUCCUAGGCAUCCCAUACUCCCACGACCAGGGCCCCUGCCAGAACCUGACCUGCUUCCCACCGGCCACACCCUGCGACGGUGGCUGUGACCAGGGCCUGGUCCCCAUCCCACUGUUGGCCAACCUGUCCGUGGAGGCGCAGCCCCCCUGGCUGCCCGGACUAGAGGCCCGCUACGUGGCUUUCGCCCGUGACCUCAUGGCCGAUGCCCAGCGCCAGGAUCGCCCCUUCUUCCUGUACUACGCCUCUCACCACACCCACUACCCUCAGUUCAGUGGGCAGAGCUUUGCAGAGCGUUCAGGCCGCGGGCCAUUUGGGGACUCCCUGAUGGAGCUGGAUGCAGCUGUGGGGACCCUGAUGACAGCCAUAGGGGACCUGGGGCUGCUUGAAGAGACGCUGGUCAUCUUCACUGCAGACAAUGGACCUGAGACCAUGCGUAUGUCCCGAGGUGGCUGCUCUGGCCUCUUGCGGUGUGGAAAGGGAACGACCUACGAGGGCGGUGUCCGAGAACCGGCCUUGGCCUUCUGGCCAGGUCAUAUCGCUCCCGGCGUGACCCACGAGCUGGCCAGCUCCCUGGACCUGCUGCCUACCGUGGCAGCCCUGGCUGGGGCCCCACUGCCCAAUGCCACCUUGGAUGGCUUUGACCUCAGCCCCCUGCUGCUGGGCACAGGCAAGAGCCCUCGGCAGUCUCUCUUCUUCUACCCGUCCUACCCAGACGAGGUCCGUGGGGUUUUUGCUGUGCGGAGUGGAAAAUACAAGGCUCACUUCUUCACCCAGGGCUCUGCCCACAGCGAUACCACUGCAGACCCUGCCUGCCACGCCUCCAGCUCUCUGACUGCUCAUGAGCCCCCGCUGCUCUACGACCUGUCCAAGGACCCUGGUGCGUUAGGAAGGAAGAGGGGAUAUCCGGAGCCCAAGUGAUCGCAUGAACGACAGGCCUCCUUGGCUCCUUUGUGUGAAGGAUGAGAGCCUUCCUUGUGGAUGCAGCAACAUAGUGAAACCCGGUCUCUACUAGAAUACAAAAAAUUGGCCGAGUGUGGCAGUGUGCGCCUGUAAUCCCAGGUACUCAGGAGGUUAAGACAGGAGAAUCGCUUGAACCCGAGAGGUGGAGGUUGCAGUGAGCCACAAUUGUGCCACUGCACUCCAGCCUGGGCGACAGAGCAAGACUCCGUCUCAAAAAAAAAAGAAAAAAAAGAAAAAGAAAACAAGAAAAACAAAGAAAGAAACCAUGGCAGCCUUAUUGCUGAUAAGGAGAAAGUUUAAGUGGUCUGCGUAGAAGAUCAAACCAGCCGAAACAUUUCCUUAAACAAAGUCUAAUCCAGAGCAAGGCCCUAAUUCUCUCUGAUUCUGUGAAAGCUGGGAGAGAUGAGGAAGCUGCAGAAGAAAAGCUGGAAUGUAGCACAGGUUGGUUCAUACGAUCGAAGGAAAGAAGUUUUCUCCGUAAUGUAAAAGUGCAAGGUGAGGCAGCAAGUGUUGAUGGAGAAGCUGCAGCAAGUUCUCCAGAAGAUCUAGCUAAGGUGAGUGAUGAGGGUGGCUACAGUAAACAAUAGAUUUUCAAUGUACACAAUUUUUUUUUUUUUUUUUUUUUUUGGAGACGGAGUCUCGCUCUGUCACCCAGGCUGGAGUGCAGUGGCGCAGUCUCGGCUCACUGCAAGCUCCGCCUCCCGGGUUCACGCCAUUCUCCUGUCUCAGCCUCUCCGAGUAGCUGGGACUACAGGCGCCCGCCACCACGCCCGGCUAAUUUUUUUGUAUUUUUAGUAGAGACGGGGUUUCACCGUGGUCUCGAUCUCCUGACCUUGUGAUCCGCCCGCCUCGGCCUCCCAAAGUGCUAGGAUUACAAGCGUGAGCCACCGCGCCCGGCACAAUUUUUUUUUUUUUUUUGAGACGGAGUUUCGCUCUUGUUGCCCAGCCUGGAGUGCAGUGGUGCAAUCUUGGCUCACUGCAACCUCUGCCUCUCGGGUUCAAGCGAUUCUCCUGUCUCAGCCUCCCGAGUAGCUGGGAUUACAGGCAUGUGCCACCACGCCUGGCUAAUUUUGUAUUUUUUGUAGAGACGGGGUUUCACCAUGUUGGCCAGGCAGGACUUGAACUCCCGACCUCAGGUGAUCUGCCUGCCUCGGCCUCUCAAAGUGCUGGGAUUACAGGCGUGAGCCACCGCGCUCGGCAGCAUCUAUGACUUUCAUAGCUAGAGAGAAGUCAAUGCCUGGUUUUAAAGCUUCAAAGGACAGUCUGACUCUCUUGUUAGGGGAUAAUGCAGCUGGUGGCUUUAAGUUGAAUGCUCAUUUACCAUUCUGAAAAUCCCAGGGCCCUUAAGAAAGAUGCUAGGUUGGGCAUAGUGGCUCACGCCUAUAAUCCCAGCACUUUGGGAGGCCGAGGCGGGCAGAUCACCUGAGGUCGGGAGCUCGAGACCAGCCUGACCAACGUGGAGAAACCCCAUCUUUACUAAAAAUACAAAAUUAGCCGGGCAUGGUGGCGGGCGCCUGUAAUCCCAGCUACUCAGGAGGCUGAGGCAGGGAAGAUCGCUUGAACCCGGGAGGCAGAGGUUGCGGUAAGCCGAGAUCGCGCCGCUGCACUCCAGCCUGGGCAACAAGAGCGAAACUCUGUCUCAAAAACAAAAAAAAAAAAAAGAAAAGAAAGAUGCUAAAUCCACUUUGCCUGUGUGCUAUAAAUGGAACAGCAAAGCCUGGAGGAGAGCACAUCUAUUUAUGGCCUGAUUUACUGAAUAGUUUAAGCACACUGUUGAGACCUACUGCUCGGAAAAAAAAUAUUCCUUUCAAAAUAUUGCUGCUCACUGACAAUGUUCCUGGUACCCAAGAGCUCCGAUGGAGCUGUACGAGGAGAUCAAUGUCUUCAUGCUGCUAACACAACGUCCGUCCUGCAGCCCAUGGAUCAAGGAGCCAUUUCUACUUUCAAGUCGUAUCAUUUAAGAAAUACAUUUCAUGACCAGGCACGGUGGCUCACACCUGUAAUCCCAGCGCUCUGGGAGGCCGAGGCGGGCGGAUCGCCUGAGGUCAGGAGUUCGAGACCAGCUUGGCCAACAUGGUGAAACCCUGUCUCUACUAAAAAUACAAAAAUAAUUAGGCGUGGUGAUGCGCGCCUGUAAUCCCAGCUAUUUGGGAGGCUGAGGCAGGAGAAUUGCUUGAACCUGGGAGGCAGAGAGAGUGCAGUGAGCGAGACCAUGCCACAUUGCCCUCUAGCCUGGGCAACAAGAACAAAACUCCAUCUCAAAAAAAAUUCCAGGCUGGGCAUGGUGGCACAUGCCUGUAAUCCCAGCACUUUGGGAGGCUGGGGCGGGCGGAUCACCUGAGGUCAGGAGUUAGAGAUCAGCCUGGCCAACAUGGCAAAACACCGUCUCUACUAAAAAUACAAAAACUAGCCAGGAGUGGUGGUGGGCGCCUGUAAUCCCAGCUACUCAGGAGGCUGAGGCAGGAGAAUCGCUUGAACCUGGUAGGAGGAGGUUGGAGUGAGCCAAGAUUGCACCACUGCACUCCAGCCUGGGCAACAUAGUGAGACUCUGUUUCAAAAAAUAUAUAUACAUUUCAUAAAGCCAUAGCAGUGAUAGUGAUUCCUCUAAUAGAUCUGUGCAAAGUCCAUUGAAAACCUUCUGGAAGGCAUUCACCAUUCUAGAUGCCAUUAAGAAUAUUCAUGACGGCUGGGCACGGUGGCUCACGCCUGUAAUCCCAGCACUUUGGGAGGCCGAGGUGGGCAGAUCACGAGGUCAGGAGACAGAGACCAUCCUGGCUAACACGGUGAAACCCCAUCUCUACUAAAAUUACAAAAAAUUAGCCAGGCGUGGUGGCGGGCACUUGUAGUCCCAGCUACUCGGGAGGCUGAGGCAGGAGAAUCACUUGAACCCGGGAGUCAGAGCUUGCAGUGAGCCGAGAUCGCGCCACUGCACUCCAGUCUGGGCAACAGAGCGAGACUCCGUCUCAAAAAAAAAAAAAGAA